AUGGCUUUCCAGGACUUUUUGACCAACAUGGACGACACGUUUGACGUGGCCGAGCCCAAUGAGAAGGAGUGUCACGAUGACACCAUGGAGCACCUUUGCAGACGCGCUCGCAAGCACGCUGAGCUCUGGGCUUGCGAUGUCUGCGAGCUGCUUCACGAAAUCGACAUGAACGACGUUCCUCUGUCGUCGGGCAUGGAUGCCGUCUAUGGUGAAGACCACAAGGCCAAGAUGGCUCAAGCUGGCCACGAAACCAUGACGCACCAUUCCGGGAUCAGUCACCACCAGAUCCAAAUGGCGCUUAAGCUUACUCGCCUUGUCCAGACUGGCCGCGCCAGCAGCUUCAAGGAUUACCUUAGCAAGCUGACUGAGGCCUACGCCAUGACGGACAAGGUGACUAUGCGCCGCACCUCAGCAAUUUCUCUGACUCCUCGCAUUGACGGGCUUCCCAACUCGUUCACGCCCAAAAUUGCAAAGGAUCAGAAUGACAGUCUGCACUUCCUCCUCCAGACGCUCUACCAGCUGGACGCUAGUCAGAACUCUGUGUGCAUCAAUGUGUGCCCUCACAUUCAGAUCACAAAGGAGCAGAUCCUGUCCAAGAAAAACAGCUGUGGUCGCUGCAAGCACUGUGCCACCAGCUACGUGUCCAGCGCCACCCAAGUCCGUGUCUUUCAUGACUUUGGCUCCGAGUCUAGCCCUGCCGACCUUUCGUGGCAGGCGCACCUCAAGUCACAUGUCAAGAAGCAGGGCUCGGAUCACGUUCGCUUUGGCCAGAACAAGCAGUCUAUGGAGUCGCUCUUUGGCGAGACCAUGCAAAAGGGAUCUGCCCUGAGCGCUCCUCAGGAGAAGCGCUCGCACAAGGUGCACUCUGUUUUGCACAAGAUGAAAACGGCUAUGAAGCCAGCGCUGUCUUUUGACUUUUAA